AUAAAAAGAAGACAUAAAUUAACAAUUGGAAUUACAAUUUAUGUGAGUUGAACAAAUACAUGAUAUCUAUAUGACCUACACGACUAUCAUGCUCUAUAAGUUUCUUAUUUUGAGUGUGAAACUAAGUUAAAUACACAAAUGAGGUGUGCUCUUAUCAAGAGUCGAAUUGAAUGCCGGGCAUGUUGGCUCUCUUAAAAAAAGCUUGUCAUAUAUGGGAAACAGGUAUUCAAAGUUUAUGUUAUGGUGUGCCUUGUUUAUCUAUCUCUAUCACGUUAUAAGAUAUUGGAAGAAACUAAAUAAUUUAACCCGUUUGUGAAGUUUUGAAAAGGCAAGAAGAGAGUUUUUUCUGUCAAAAGUCUAGAGUUAACUGGUUGGGGAAAGGUGAUAAGUGUACUGAAUUCUUCCAUCAGGCGGUGAAAAUAAGGACUGCAAAGAAAGUAAUUAGGAGAUUGAUAAAUGAUGGGGGAGGAGCUUACCGAUAUUGAUCAAAUUGCUGAGGAAGCUGUCAAUUACUACAAGGGUUUGUUUGGUGUGGUUAAUCCUAACAUUCAAACUGAUGCUUAUUGAUUCAGAAGAGGGUCCCUGCAGAGGUUGUUGCACUUUUAUGUUUGCCAGUAACUACUGUUGAAGUCCGGGCAGUUAUGUUUGGUUUAAAUGACUAGAAGGCUCCUGGGCCAGACAAUUUUUCAGCAGGGUUCUUUAAGCAUACGUGGCAUUUAAUUGGUGAGGAUGUCACUGAAGGUAUUUUGGACUUCUUUUCUCAAGGUAGACUACUUAGUGGCAUUAAUGCAACUGCAGUGUCUUUGUGCCCUAAAAUUCCUAGUGCCGAUAUAUUAAAAGACUUUCGUCCUAUAUCGUGUGAAUGUUUUAUACAAGUGUGUCUCAAAAAUAUUAGCAGAUAGAUUGAAGUUAGUAAUGCCUCAUAUUAUUAGCUUGAAUCAGACGACAUUUAUUAAAGGUAGACGCAUUGUGGAUAACAUUCUGCUUGCGCAAGAAUUGGUCAGUGGUUAUGGUAAUAAGAAGCUCUCUACUAGGUGUGUAGUGAAAGUUGACUUAAUGAAAGCAUUUGACUCGGUGCAUUGGGAUUAUCUGUUUAAGGUCAUGGGCAUUAUGGGGUUCCCUGAUCUGUACAUAAAGUGGAUUCGAAUUUGCCUAUCUACUGCUCACUUUAGUAUCAGUUUGAAUGGUGGGCUAUGUGGGUUCUUUAAAGCACGCAAAGGAGUUCGGCAAGGGGAUCCCUUGUCCCCAUACUUGUUAUGUACAACUAUGGAGGGGUUAUUUGGGUUAUUAAAUCGAGCAGCAAUGCAGAAUCACUUGCUUUAUCAUCCUCUGUGUAAGAAGAUUGCUCUAAAUCAUCUGUGCUUUGCAGAUGAUUUACUUAUCUUCUCUACAGGCUCAGGGAAAUACUUAUUGAAGAUCAAAGACUUAUUGAAUGAGUUCUAUCGAUUUUCCGUGCUGAAGUGCAUUCUAGAGAAGUGUGAGGUGUACUUAGGCGGUGAAUGUGUGCAAUAUAAGGCAGUUGCUCUUGUUGUAUCUGGCUUCAAGGAGGGUUCUCUGCCUGUUAGGUAUCUCAGACUUCCUUUGCUUUCUGGUAAGCUGAGGGAUUCAGACUGUGAGGUGUUGCUUGAGAAGCUAACCAAGAAAAUCAUAUCGUGGCGUGCAAAGAAGAUGACUUAUGCAGGCAGGAUACAAUUAGUUGCUUCUGUAUUAAUGGGGGUGAUUCAAUAUUGGCUUCAACUAUUCUUGUUCGCUAAAGAGUUUCUUCGAAAGCUACAGAAGGUCUGUUCGGAUUUCUUGUGGCAUGGAGAGGAAUCUGGAAGGGCAAAGGUGGUGUGGGAAAGGAUAUCUCGACCGAAGAAGGAAGGGGGACUGGGCGUACGUGAUUUGUUUACAUGGAACAGAGCAUGCACUGAUAGGAUGCUCUGGCUCCUCAUGAUGCGCUCAGGAGCCCUAAUGGUGGCUUGGAUGCUGGCAUACAGGUGCAGGGGGAGAGACUUUUGGACUAUGGCGGUUACGGAUCUAGUUCUUGGACUCGGCGUAGAAUUCUGAAGCUUCGACCUUGGUUGGACGCAGAAGCUCCAACCAUCCAACGUCUCAGUUUGUUAUUGGUGGAUUCACCUUUCUUUUUUCUUAAUAUCUAAUUAUGCUAAAUAAAUUAAGAAUUAAAAUAUAAAAAACUGAUGAAAUUACCAAUUGAAAACUGACAUGUGACUGGUUGAAGUUUCUACGAUCCAACCAAGAUUGGAGCUAAGAAUUUCCCACGUACACCUGCCGCAUGGGACUGCCCCGCAGUAGUCGCAGUAGUCAGGAAGCCCAAUCUAGCAGGCAGCCAUAAUCAACUAAGGAAAACGAAAUUAGAAGAACAAACAGAAGAGUCAACAUAUUUUAAAACAUUUGACACAUGUGGUAAGACGAGCACUUCUACUAUGCUAUAUAGUAUUAGUGCUUUAAUGUACAACUUGAAGUUGUACCAUAACAUUAAAUGUAUAAGUUUAUGCCCUGUUCACUUCCCAUUUUGUUUUCUGUUUUGUGUUGUGAAAAUGAAAAUGAUCAAACAAAUGACAAAAAAACGUGUUCAUUUGUAAUUUUGUUUUCUUGAAGAAAUCCAUUUGCUACAAAUUAAGUAGCUGGGGAAAAACAAUAAAUUCUCGUUUCCUGGAAACAAUGGGACGGGUUAUCCCCUAUUUCCUAGCGGAAAAUCGUUACUAUUCAUUAAUGAGGUCCGGCGUUCGAAACCCCCUGCUGUAUUUUUUUUUGGUUUUGCUCCGCUCCUUGCCAUUGCAACCCUAGACUACGAAUUUCAUCCUCUCCCCCUCCCUCUCCCUCAGACCACGAGCGACCGCCAUUGUCUCCCUAUCCCUCCAGCAGCCCCCGUCUCUCAUCUUCAUUUCCCUCUACCCCCAGACCACUAGCAGCCGGCGAAGACAAGCAGCAGCAACGAAUCGUUCCCUCGUCCAGCCUCUCUCUCCUCCAGCCGGCGUACAUCAAGUAGUAUUGACGAAGCGGUCCAGCCUCACUCUCCCACUCCGUCCGGCGAAAAUCAAGCAGAAUUGACGAAUCGUUCCACCCGGCGAGUCGAGCUCCACCUGUCGAAGGUCUAGCCGCCGAAUAGAGUUCCACCCAAAGAAGUUCCAGCCGGCGAGUCGAGCACUUUACAGGGUGAACUGUUUGUGAGCAAUUGUUACCCAACCCUUGUUUUAAUCAAAAUCUUGUUUUAUGUGUCUGUUGAUUUUGACUGUGUUUUCGAUGGGUCAUUGAGAAUUGAGAUUCUGCAGUUGUUGCAUCUGUUAGAAAUCAUCCGCCUCUCACCAUGGAAUUUACAACAACCCAUAUGACUACUUGUUUGUUAUUUGAUCUUACUUCUCUUUCUCAUUCCUUUCAUGAACUCCCUUCUUUCUUCUAAUUUCUAUUGUUCUCCUGAUUUAUUUCAACGAGUUGUAAAUGUGUGGGGUGGAAAGUGGCAGAUGAAUUUUGUUUAUUGUAUCUAAUCGAUUAGGGUUGUAUGAUACUCAAUAAACAAAAUUAGGGUUGUAUGAUACUCAAUAAACAAAAUUGUAGUAAUCAGUUAUCAGAAAACAGUAUGAAACAACUAAACAGGUUUUCAUUUUUAGAAAUCAUUUUAGAACUCACCAAAAUUCUCAGCUAAACAAGGUUUCUUCAGGUUUUGUUUUUCAGGAAAUGACAGUUUCGUUUUCAUUUUAAUUUUGUUUUCUAUUGUGGCAGCUAACAGAAAUGGAAUGGCAAGUAAACGGCCCAUUAGGUUGUACCAUAAAACAAUUUCUACCAUUAUGUUAUGGUACAACUUUACAACUUUAAGUUGUACCAUAAAGGCAAAAACCUAUAGUAUAGGUACAAUCUGAAAUUGUACCAUAACAUAAAUGUACAAUUUUAAG